CAUGACACUGUUUACAAAUGUCAACAACGGGGCACAUUGUUGUGAUGCGGUUGAUGCCGUUAAAUUACAAGUUAUUAUAGAAGACUUGCAAUUAUCUUUUUUAUUUUAUUUUUAAAACUUGUGAAGUAAUAGAAAUAAAAGAGCAUCAUGCAUUUUAUAUGGAGCUGAUAAUUUAAAAUUUGCUUAAUGUCAAGUUUGGACACGAGAUCUGUGCACGUUUACUAUGCCGAAAAAGCCCUUGAAAUACCAUUCUGAUGACUAUGAGUCAGAUCCAGACAUUCACACUGUAACAACACUUGUUUCAAGAAACUCAGCCCCUAUAAAGACCAAAAGGAAGGAAGGUAACAAUAAAAAGAAGAAAGAGAAAAACAAGAAAAAUAGUAAAGUUACACCACGCAACAGAGCUCAUAGUGCUCCUCCUACUAGGAGUGGAAGGACAGGUCAUGACCUUUGGAUGACAGCUGUCAAACACAGGGAAACACCAGCUUUAACUUAUCGACACCCUGAGAGUCCACGACACAAAACCACUACAGAAUAUUGGGUUGAUACACUAAGAAGAACAGGGACAGGAAUCACCACACAGAGCACAGGCAGUGUGGGAACUACAAACACCUUCACAGGAUUAAAGCGACCCAAUGAAACAGCCAUGGCUUAUCUGAGUACGUCUUCAUAUCUUAGACAGAUGGCAGGAACAGAAAAAUCUAAGAAACAUGGGGAUCCUACAGCAAAACCUCCAACAGGAACCCCAGCUUAUCGGUCUCAGGAGGAAUAUUACGAACAGGUGCUAGAACUCAAAAAGCAAAUCAAAUCACUAAAUCAGGAGAUUUCAAUGCUCAAAGCCAAAGUUCGGCGAACAGAAGAGGAUAACAUUAAGAAGGAGAAAGAAAUAGAGGGUUUCUUAGAUCCAACAAAAAAUGAAGAGAUGCGGCGAACCAUAGGGGAAAAGAGACCAGAGUCAGGCGCUGUGAUUCAAAGUUUAAAACAAAAGAUUCUGAAACUAGAAAACCAAAUUAGGGAUAAAGAAGCAAAUUAUGCAAAAUUGCAUGCAGAGUUAAAAACCACAAAAGUAGAGGAAAUGAAAGUACAGUUAGAAAUGUGUUACCAAGAGAUUGUCCGAUUACAGAAUAUGAAAGACACAGGGAUGAUGGGCACAUCUCGGACCCCAACAAAAGAGAACAGUGCCAAAAUUCGAGCACUGAAUGAAACCGUUCUUAGAAUUAAUAAACAGAAUGAAGAGUUACAGAUGGAAAAUAAAGCACUCAGGGAGGACCUGAAUAGAGAAAUCGAGGGCAAAGACAGAAAAGGAAUGGGUGACUAUGAAGACAUGAACAAGAAGCAGCUGUUGUCUGUCAUCUAUAAUCUAGAAAAGAAAAUAGAGAAGAGUAAAAGAUCAGGAGACACCGAUUCACUGUUGUCUUAUGAUGGUCGAACAGACAAGAAGCGCAGACCUAGUUCAGCUGUGGCUGGUAAAAUAGAGCUUGAGGGGUCUGUACAGGACAGACUAGAUCAGUUAGACAAACGGGAAACAGAGUUACUAGAGGAACUGGAGAAAUAUAAAAAACAAGUUAGGAGAUUGAAAGAUGAAAAAACAGAAAACAGACAUAAAAUGGAAGAGUAUGAGAAACUGAUCAAGGACCUCCAGGCUGAGAUUGAUUACCUGAGUGACAAGCAAGGGAAGGCCACACGCCGACGAGAAGUCAUGGCCGGGGCCAUCACUCCCAGGCAGCAAUCCCCCAGAAACAGUCGGCCUCCCAGCGGAAGGAAAUAUUCAGUAGAUAGCACGUCAUCAGAGGGACGACGAAGGAGACGAGAGCAGGAAGAAGAGGAGAAAUUGGAAAACUUUAUGAAGAAUCGAGCAGCCAAAAAACUACAGAAAGAAUGGAAAACACACAGGAAAGAAAAGAGGGAGCAAGAGGAGUUAAAUGAAUUAGCCAAUAAGCACCGAGAAAAGGUAGCUGCUCGUAGAAUUCAGCGAGAAUGGCGGACACAUCAUAGAGAGAUGGAGAUAAAAAAUCAAAAAGAGCUAGAAAGUAAGGUAGAACAAAUGAAAAGAAAACAUGCAGCCAGAAUUAUUCAGAAACAGUGGAAAAAUCACAGAAAUAAUGCAGAGAAAAAGAAAGAGGUGGAUCAAGAUUUCAAUGUAAAAGUGGAAAAUUUCCGACGGAAUCGUGCAGCUAAGACCAUCCAGAAUAGAUGGACAAAUCACAAAUAUAGAAAACAUGAAGAGGAACUGGAUGAGGCAGCAGAUUUGAUUGGGUCAGCACUAAGAGGACACAGCACACGUAAAUCUCAGAUGAAGAGGUUCAUGAGGGAUUACGAUGAUUAUGAUGAUGAGAGUGAAGACUAUAACGAUGCUGUUGACCUGAUACAGUCCAGUGUCAAAGGUCAUUACAACAGGAAAACAAAGCUUAAAAAGUACAGGGAUGAUGAUGACAGUGCAUCAGUGAGGAACAUGAUGUCCAGUGGUAGGAGAUCUAGACCCUCUUCAGCAAUGUCUAGUCACUCCAGAACGAGCCAUGGGUCCAGGAGAACUUCUAGAGUCCUUGAACGACAAAACAGCAGACAUAGCCAGAGAGCCAAUGAAUCUUACGAUGAUGAUGAUGACAUUCAGUUCUGAUGACUGUGUGGAGCAUGUGGAUUUUCCACAUAGACGAACUAUGUGGAUUGAUGUCCCUUUAGUAAUUCUUGUCUCAGUGCAUAUAAAUUGGUUGUUUAAUGAUAGUGAGAAAUAUUUUAAAUGGCUCAAAUUUAUGGAAGUCCCACAAUCUGUGAUAAAUAUAAACUCAUAUCAUGUUAUCUAAUUCUAUAGUUGCAAUAUUGAUCAAUAAUGUUCAAAUUAUUGAAUGGAUUUAUAUACAUGUAUAUAUAUUUCUUAUGUGUAUAUUUGCAUUUAACUAUUGUGUUUUAUGGAUACAGCAUAGAUAAUUAGCUUAUUCGGUAGUAUUUUUCGAAGCUUUGUUGAAAAGAUCUUUUUAAAUGGAUAUUGUGAUAGUGCUAAAUGUUUGUGUUUUAACAGAAUUUAUGUAUUUUCCAUGUUUAUACAGAGAUAUUUACUCUAAAGAAAUUUCUAUUUAUAGACUAGAACUGUUUUCCAGGGUUGAAGGGAAUUCCUUGGUAGUAAUUUGUUUAGAUUAACAACAUAUAUCAGGGGGUUUUAAAUUAAUGAAUAUGUUGACCAAUCUUGCAUGUCUUUUUUUCUGGUACACUGUAAUUAAAAAUAUUGUGUCCUUAUAACAUGAAAAUAGUAAUGUGCUUUCCUUUUGUUUUUGCAGGAAUAUAUAUAUAAUUAUGUAUGUAUUAGUAUUACAUUUGAUUAAUUCUGCUGAUCCAAGGGUCAUUUUGAUUAAGUUUCUUGAAAAAAAAAUGGUUUAUUUAUAGAACAGGAAGAUAUUGGUAUGAAAGCUCAUAUUUAAUUUUCAAGUAUUACUGACCAAGAUGCAAUAUCAAUAUUGAACAACUCUUUUUAGUCUGUGUUAUCAGUAUGAAAGUAUUUACUUUUCAAGUAUUACUGACUGGGAUGCAAUUUCAACAUGAAAUACAUGUAUGUCUAUCUGUUUUUACAGUGUCAAUCUUUGAUGCAUUUUCUCUUGUUGCAGUCUAAUCUGAAAUGUUUUUGGCCAUAUUUGUAAAUAAUGAAGUAAAGAUACAUGCAUGUAACUACAAAUUUCUGUACAAUCUUGUUGUUUCAUCAUUUGCAGCUUUUGAUGUAGAAGGCUCUGGCCUGGAGUCCUUUAUUUCAGAGGUCAAUCAAUAUACAAGUUUACCUUGUACAUGUAUACAGCUUAAAUUAUUUAAUGCUAGGAAAUUUAUUAUUCAUACUUUAUAUCAUAACUUUGUUUUAAAGGUUUAUUCAAGAAUUUCAGGCUUUACCUGGUUGCCUAUAAGUUUAAGGUACAUGUAUUUAGACUUCCUGCUUGAAAAAUUGUAGCAUUGCUACUAGACUACCUUCAUGUAUGCAUCAUUCCAUGUUUACAUUUGUUGAUGCUUCCAUUGUGUUUUGUGUUGUUUUACACAUGUACAUUGACUGUUGCUUCUGGAGGGAAUUAUUGAAAUUUUUGUGACCUUAGUAACAUGUUUUAUGUUAAGAUCUGUCUAGUAAUACAUUGUAUUUGUUAAAUGUAUUUUGAUAAUUUACAAAUUGUACAGAAGUAUUUGUAUGUAUAGUGUAAUUAAUUUAUGUUCUUGGUCUUUUUUUCAUAACCAUA